AUGGGCAAUGUGUCACCUCGUCAAUCUAAAUCUUGUCAUGAUGAACUAAAUAAUCAGAUUUCAUUAUCAUCAUCGUCAUCAUCCACAACAACAACCGCAACAUCAUCAACACCAAAUCGUUCAUCAUGGAAAAAACAAUUACAAAUAAUAAAUGAAUCAUUAAAUUUUAAGAAGUUUUCUAUACGUCAUACACAUGGAAGAAGUAAACGUUAUAGAAAAAAUGUUGAGGAAAAUAAUCAUUGUAAAUUGUCAACAUCGAUGACAACACAACACUUUCACGAUUUAAUUAAAAACAAUUGUGAAAAAUCCAAUAAAGAAAAUGAUAAUUCAAAAAAGUCACAACAAGAAAAUCGUGAACGAGAAACGAGUUUUAAAAAAUCAUUUAGUCUAUUUUCUAUUAAACAACCACUGGCAGAUUCCACUAAUAAACGAAUUAUGACAAAAUCAAUUGAUAAUACAACAACGAAUAUCAAAGACAACGAAGAAGAUCAUCGUAACCACCAACAUCACCACUAUCAUCAUCAUCAUCAUCAUCGUCAUCAACAACAACAACAACAACAACAACAAAUACAACAGCAACAGCAAUCAUCCUUGAACAGUAAAACGAAAUCUACCAAUAAUUUAAUUGCUCAAAAGCAACAAGAGCCGUCACCAACACAAGAAAAUCAAACAGCAGACGCUUUUAGUCAACCUAAAAGACGACAUAAAUAUGAAAUAAGAACAGUUUCAAAUGCGCUAAUCAAUAAACGUUACUCAGCAUUUAUUCCACAAUCGUAUCAUUUACCAAAAUCUCAAUCACAAUAUUAUCAACAAAGUCAAUUGUCUUCCUAUGCAAAAAUCAAUAACAGUCUAUCAUCGAGUUCAAAAAAUAUUCGUACAAUAGAAAAAAAUACAAGCCAUAAAACAAUAAUUCAAGCAUCAACAAAUGAAUUAUUACGAUGUUUAGGCGACUAUUUGUGUUCAUGUUGUCCUCAUUUAUUACCAAUACUUGAUUCCACUGAUUGUAUUUUAUGGAUAAAAAGUGCUGAUCGUCAAUUAAUCUUGCAAGGUUGGCAAGAACAAGUAUUUGUCAAUCCGGCUAAUAUUGUUUUUGUUUAUUUACUUUUACGUGAAACAUUAACCUAUGUUGUACCAUCAACAACAAUUAAAAGUGUUACUGAAUUGCAUGCUAUUAUAUUAACCUGUCUAUAUCUAGCAUUUAGUUAUAUGGGAAAUGAAAUAACAUAUCCAUUGAAGCCUUUUGUAACGGACGAUGAAACACGUGAGGCUUUUUGGCAACGUGUCGUUUUAAUCAUGGGACAAUUAAGUUCAAAGAUGCUAGCCAUUAAUCAAAAUCCAAAAUUUUUUACAGAAUGUUUUUCUGAAUUAAAGACUUAUAAUCUAGUCCGUUAG